GUGUCCAUCUAACGUUCCUCGUAGUUGUAGAGAAUAAGUAACAAUUAAAAACAUAGGUGAAAAAUGUUUAGUAAAUUCGCCGAUGCCCUACAGACCGCUGCAGACGUCCUGGCCCCUCCAGCAUCAAGGCUGGAGGAUUUUGAAUACCACUGGAAAAUGAUACUGCAUUUUUAUCAGAAUUACGACGAUAGCAAUAAAAUCCAUGUUGAAGACACAAGAGUACCACAUCAUCUACAUGAAAUGUUACAGCUUAUUGUGGAAGAAGAAAAGGAUCAGGCCGAAGGUACAAUGGGCGGGUGCUUGGAGUCUAUAGUCCAAAGGAGAGUAUGUUUAUUAGAUGCAUUACCAGCACUUGUAGCUACUGACCGCCCACCUGGCACAAGAGCUCUUGCACUAAAUACAGCUACACAGUUAUUAAGACGAACGAAAGAGCCGUGCCUUAAUAGCGCUAGUGUCCAUAGGCCGCUUCAACAAAUGUUAAUCCGGUGCAAUGAAAGCCCAGCAUCACCAACUGAGAAAGAAGAAGUGGAGCUACUCCUCACUCUGUGUGGCCUUGUUAGAAAAGAACCAGGAUUAGCAAAUAUUUUCACCACACCUUUUAUAGAAGACAAGGCUUCGAUGUUAACUAUCCCAGAAGAUAUUCAAAAGUUGAUACCCCUCCGGAAUAAAGUUCAAACUCCUAAAAAGAAUCCUCUGUUUGAAGUUGAGAUGCCUACAACUCCUCUUAGAAAUGUUUCAAUAGUACGGACGAGCUUGAAAGACGAAAGUUGUAAUGCCACUUCAAGUAGCUCAGUAGCUGAGGAGAAUGCAUCAAACAAAAGUCACAAAACUGUCUGUGAUGACAAUGAUAAAUUUCUUUUAAUUGAUUUACUGUUGUCUUACUUGAAUAGUGCAGAUAACCAAGUAGUGUUGCGCGCUUGCGAAGGCAUAAUGAUAGUAUCGUCUUUGCCAGAAGACGAUAUCGCUAAUCUGGUGACGACGUGCAGCCCCUGUUGCGAGACCAUUGUGGACAAACUAGCAACCAAAUACAAGAACGUGCCAGCUAAUGUUGACCCUAAUGAUGUCGAUCAUCUAAACAUUACGUGGGCGUACGUGGCUCAAGAUUUCGGUGACAAAUCGUACAGCAAAUUCCACGGCUACAGAGAACUAACCAGUUUCUUUUCAUGGUUGGACUAUUGCGAUACGUUAAUGAAGGAGUGUCAUCCGACGAUAGCGGCGCACCUGUCCCGCACAUUUCGACAGAGCUUCCUGGAGAGCGCGGCAGAGACCGGACUGACGGACGCCCACCACGCUGCUGUCGUCACGGCCGUGCUUACCAAGUGCCUCAAGGUCGUCGACUCGCCGGACCUCAUCAACGAGUUUUCCAACUGGCUGGUUGGUGAGGGUGAGGUGGCGGAGUGGCCGUUGUUACAUACGCUCAUCUCCAACUGCCUCACCGAUAACUACGAGCUCUCCUUGGAGACCUUGCGGUUUUUCGAGACGAUAAUAGAAAAAGGCACGGAGCACAGCAUCCACAGACUGGUGCUGUCUCGAGUCUGCUCGCGAGGUUACUUCGCGCCCCAGCCGCCGCUCGACGACGACGAAAGGGACAGACUGAACGACAUUCCGCUUUGGAGAGAGAGGGAAAGAAACAGGGAAGCUAUGAAGCAGUUGCAGCAUGAGGACCACGUGAACGAACAGAUCACCGAUAUCUUGUCACAGGAGGGGCUCGACCCAAAGGAGCACUCGGACAACGCCGAGAACAUCCACAGGGUCAUUAACAGUUUUCUGCUGUUGCUGCCGCGCGCUAUUCUUUCCGACCCGGUGGGCGCAGACUACGAACACUACAUACAUGACGCACAUAGACAUUAUCAGUUGUGGUUGGAUACGACAUCAUCUUUCAACUGGCCGUCGGAGCAAUACAGCGACAACACCACCAGCUCUACGCACAGCUACGACAGUCGCCCAGAAGCCGACCUACACUUGGAUGAAGUUUUUGAGUCGGCCAAAACGCCAUCCGACGGUCAACGAUGUUGCCCACAAAAUGUCAAGGAUGACAAAUGUAACAACGAGUGCUUUUCCCAACGGCUCAUAAUCAGGAGUCGUGACACGACGUCGAGAUCGGAUGACGAAGAAUUUGACGAAGGGCCGUUUUUGAAAAUGCUCUUCAAGUUGCUAGCCAACAUGCCUGGGCAGCCUUAUCAGGUUAACUUACACCUGACGUCUAUCAUAUCGAAGUUGGCGCUACUGCCACAUCCUAAUUUGCACGAAUACCUCCUAAACCCGAUGAUGCCGACGGCAAAGAAUACGCGGACUUUGUUCAAAAUUCUCCAAGAUGUGGCAAAACGGCUGACGAUGGAGAUACCAAGGCUGAGAAAUUAUAAGAAAUUAAUAGAAAACACAAGGCUGCAAUUAAUGAGCGAAGAUCCCAGUUACGAUGAAAGAGACGACCAUAACCAGCUCGUUGAAAGUCUCAUUGUCCUCGAGGAAUUCUGCAAGGAAUUAGCAGCCAUUGCUUUCGUCAAAUACCAGCAUGCUGUACUUAUGCACAGGUAGCUAAGGCAUAAACCUGAUACUGUGCCGGCGCAUCCGCAAAAAAUGAUUAUUAACAUUAUCGCGCAUCGGCACUUCGUAGCGAAUAAUAAAUUUUAGGUAUUACACAUGUAUUGUUCGUUUUAUGAGUUUAAUUUUGUUAAAUUGAGAUUUAUUACAUAUUUUAUUAUAUUUUAAUUGUUCAUUGUUAUUUUAAGACUGCAAUUAUAGUGAAUGCAAUUUACUGUUAUUUUACAGCAAGUGUAUUCGUGAUGAUCAGAGUUUUUUUAACACCAAAAAUUAAUGUUUAAAAAUA